AUGGACUCGAUUCGCCUGUUCCUGAGAUCAAAGUUUGAAAAAGAUAUAGUUCUCUGAGCAAAGAAGUUCAUCUUCUUUUAAGAUCCGCCAAAAUUACGUUACUACUCACGUCUGAAGGCUUCAUUUCAGAGUUUGCAAACGAAGCAAUGAGUGGGUUUCGUUUUCAAUAAAAAUCUGAGCCUCCUAAUUUCAGGAAUUUCUCGAGCUGCUGUCAUCCUUCUUUUUGUGUCUUUGCGAUUUCAAGCAACAUUUGCGUUGGAACUCAAUUAUAGAACGUUUUGAAUUAUUUUCCCCAGUUAUAGGAAGGGUUUGUCCAAAAAUUACCUCCAACCAUCAAUGUUAUCCACUUCCAUUAAAGUGAUUGAUAAAUUAGAUUAUCCGAAAACAGCCGAACCAAAUUUUACUCUCUCAUUGUCUUCAAAAUACCACACAAUUUAUUCUUAAUCAGAAGAAAGUUCGGCUCAUGUUUUCCGGAACUAAAAUGGGAGAUGCGUAUAUUAACAAGUUUGAAGCGUUGCGUACGCGAAGCGGCUUUUUGGUGCAGAAUUCGAGGUCGAAUUAAAUCCUGUAAAAUGUGAAAAAUCGGCUAUACUCUAAUUCUUUCUACGAUUUCUUUCAAAAGUAAACAAAAGGAAGCUCUGGCGGUUCAGAUUUUUAAUGUCAGGCAGCUUAGUCCGCUUCCAAGGCUACAAUAUCUUUCGCAUCAAAGUUUUAUCGCAGACGACGACCCUUUAAUAAGGCUGCAUUUUUGACUUUUUGUUCUAUCUCUCAGAUCAAAAUAGAUCAAAAACCGUCCAGCGCGAUGAAACAUCGACGCGAAAAGGUACCGUCUCAGCAGGGGCGGAGUUAGGUGGCUGACAUUCAAAAUCUGAAAAGACUAUAUGCGAUCCGAUAGUUGUAUAGCCGAUUCAUGGCUAUACAACUAUCGGACGCAAGAAGAAGUGGCCUUUCUGCGCUCUCGACCCACCAGGCACUAUUUCUUUUAUUAUCUUCUCAGGACCCUUUUUUGAUGGCUCAAGUCAACCGUGAAUCAGCUAUACAACUCAAUAACUGUUUCCACAAAACUUCGGUUUAAGAAAUCGCAGCGCCCAAUGCUAACAUUACCACGGCCAAAGUGAUCAAUACAACUUCCACGACUACCAAAGCGACGACGACUUUCACGACCACAAAAGCAACGACGACAUCAACGACUACAGAAACGACGACGACAUCCGGUACUACGAAGGUGACGAUGACUUCCACGACGACCAAAACAGCGACGACGACUCCAACCAUUCAUUCGCCUACUUCUUCCGCAGCCUUUGCGAAAACCUCAGUUCCUUUUGGAACUACCACAGAAAAAGAACAAGGAGUAUGUAUUAUUACUUCAAAUUUUUUUAUUAUAAACUCUUCAGUGUCAAGAUCAAAAAAAUGAGAAAAAUUUCGAAAAGUCAAAAAAAUUUAAUGAUGGAAUUAUUUUUAAGUUUUUUUCGUUACAACCGCCACAUGCGCUCGAAAAAAAUGUUUCAAAGGAAGUUAAAUAAAAAAAUUUUUAUGGAGGUUUCCAUGAUUUUUGUUUUGGAAAGUAUAUUCAAGGUCUUCGAAAAAAAUAUCGCUUACCCCCAAAAAAAUUUCCUAUAUAUAUACCUCAGUAGUGCAGAUAUAAAACUUCUUGUCUAAGGCCUUUAUUUCUGACGGAAAUAUAGUUUUUUUUUUAGUAAUUCCCCUAAAUUAUUCAGACUUUGGCGAGAAACUCGAAAAAUAAAUGGAUCGAAACGACGCCGGAGAUUGACAUCCUGCGCGCGUGAGUUUCAAUGUAGUGGAAAGGAUUGUGGAGUGAGCUGUUUCAGGAAGAAGUUCAACAAGUACUUGAUCAUUUUGAGCGGCCUGAUAGUUUUCUUCGCAAGUGUGCAUCUCUUGGCCUUUUUCUGGUUGAAAAGAUUGGUGCUCGACAUAUAA